AUAAAUACUGGCGUCCGAGGGAGAAUCUUCUUCAGUUUGUGGAUGAUCAGUGCUGUGUUUGGAGCUCAAGAGUGUUAAUCGCGAUGGAUCGUUUGGUGAUCGUGUCGCUUCUUCUGGGCACGUUUGUGUCUUCCGUUUUGGCUCAAGGUCCCGCCCGAGUUGUUUGCUACUUCAGCAACUGGGCGAUCUAUCGCGAGGGCAUCGGAAGCUACGGGAUUGAUGAUGUUCCAGGUGAUCUCUGCACCCACGUGAUUUACUCUUUUAUUGGUGUCGAUGACUCGACAUGGAAAGUCUUGGUCAUCGAUCCAGAACUCGAUGUUGACCGUGGAGGAUUCAGGAAUUUCACGGCUCUCAAGAAGAAGUAUCCCCAUCUCAAAACCCAAAUAGCAGUUGGUGGAUGGGCUGAAGGUGGCUCAAAAUAUUCCCAAAUGGUAGUUUCAGCAGAUCGCAGGCGCAGCUUCAUUCAGAGCGUGAUCCAGUUCAUGGAUCAAUACGGAUUUGAUGGCUUUGACCUGGACUGGGAAUAUCCAGGAGCUGCGGAUCGAGGAGGUAGCUUUGGGGACAAGAAUACCUUCUACUUCUUCGUCCAGGAGCUGAGAAGGGCUUUUGAUCGCCAGAAAAAAGGAUGGGAGAUCACCAUGGCGGUUCCUGUUGCAAAAUUCCGCUUGGAUGAAGGCUACCAUGUACCUGAACUUUGUCAAAUGCUCGACGCAAUUCAUGCUAUGACCUACGAUCUCAGAGGAAACUGGGCUGGAUUUGCUGAUGUCCAUAGUGCCCUGCACAAGAGACCUCACGACCAGUGGGCCUAUGAGAAGCUCAAUGUUGCUGACGGCUUGAGUCUAUGGGAGGAGAAAGGAUGUCCUGCUCAGAAGCUCGUAGUGGGAAUUCCUUACUAUGGUCGCACUUACACAUUAAGUGCUGGAAACAAUAAUUACGAAUUGGGAACUUAUAUCAACAAGGAAGCUGGAGGAGGGGCUCCUGGACCUUACACCAAUGCAACAGGUUUCCUGGCUUAUUACGAAAUCUGCACAGAAAUUGCUGAUCCGGAGAAAGGAUGGACGACAAGGUGGGAUUCCCAUGGAAUGGUGCCGUAUACCUACAAAGGAACCCAAUGGGUUGGAUAUGAGGAUCCUAAAUCCGUUCAAAUCAAAAUGGACUUUAUCAAGUCUAAAGGCUAUGGAGGUGCGAUGGUUUGGGCUAUUGAUAUGGAUGACUUUAGGGGGAUCUGUGGAGAAAAGAAUGUCCUUGGAAAGAUUCUCUUUAACAACAUGAAGGAUUACACAGUUCCGGUUUCCACAAGGGCCACUACUGUUACGCCUGAAUGGGCAAGACCACCUUCAACCCAAUCAGUUGAUGAACCAGGAGAUGUCCCCACAACUCAAAGACCAACAACUGCACGUCCUCAGGAAACCACGACCAGGGUAAUUACAACUAGGAAACCUGAAAGACCCAUUUCGGAGGAGAAUGUCGAGGACAUGGAGGAUAAUAAGGAGCAAGACGAUCAGCCUGAACCUCAACCUCCAGCUCCUACCGAAGGAGCUAGCAAUGAAUCAUCUCCUGAUUCUCCGGAGGCAGAUAUUGAUUGCGAAGGAAACGAUUAUGUUCCCCAUCAAGACUGCGAAAAGUACUAUCGCUGUGAUCAUGGAAAACCGCUUGAGUUCAGUUGUCGCGAAGGUACCGUCUUCAAUACAUUGACCAAUGUCUGCGACUGGCCAGAUAAUGUGAGACAGACCGAAUGUACAAGAAAAGUUCUGGCAGAACGGAAGAAGCCUCAGUCUGAGAAUUUGACUGAAUAAUACAAAAAAUGCAAUCAAUCUAUACAGAUAUUUUUGCACUAACAAGCAAAAUAAUUAUGUUACAAGUUUCGUUUUUUGAAUCAGAGAUCAGCCAGAUUAAGUUACAUGCCAGAUAGUCUUUAGACAAAAAUUAACAGGUUUGUAUCUGAAUAAGAAAAUUUUGCAGUUCAAAUUUAAUUUUUUUAUAUAUAGAAAUUGUAUUUUACUUAAACAAUUAACCGCGAUAACAAUAUUCAGUAAUUUAUAACAAAUUGACAUUGAAACAAGUCUGAGAAAAUAAAGUUAUUUUUAAAUAUGUAAUACAAA